AUGACCUGCAGGAGAAGCACAGGAUUUUCUAGCUCUCUUUGCAGAAGAACGAAGCCUCUGCUUGGAAACUUGUACCUCCUGGGGAUGCUGGUUCCUGGGGAGCUGGGAUAUGAUAGAUCUGUAGCACAACAGAGAUAAGAAGCUGUGGAUAAGGUAGUGAGUCCAUGGAGGAUCCUGGAGACAUAUUCCUAUAACAGAUACCACCCCAUGGGGGAGAUCUAUCAGUGGAUGAGUGAGAUAAGGGAGAAGUACACGGAAGUGGUGACAUAGCAUUUCCUAGGAAUGAUCUAUGAGAGCCGGCCCAUGUAUUAUUUGAAGGUGAGUGAGAAGAUUCUACAGAACUAUAAAGACAACUCAAGGAUAAGAAGUCUCCUUAAAAACCUGGACUUCUAUGUGCUUCCAGUUCUUAACAUAGAUGGUUACAUCUAUACUUGGACAACUGAUUGGCUUUGGAGGAAAUCCCAUUCAUUCCAUAAUAAUGGCAUGUAUUUUGGGACAGAUCUCAAUAGAAAUAUCGAUGCAUCCUGGUGUAGUAUCGGUGCAUCUCACAACUGCCAAGAUUUAACAUUCUGUGGGACAGGACCCAUGUCUGAACCAGAGACUAAAGUUGUUUCCAGCUUUAUCGAGAGCAAGAAGGAGAACACUGCCUGCUUCCUGACCAUGCACUCUUACGGGCAGCUCAUCCUCGUGCCUUAUGGCUACACCAAAAAUAAAUCAAGUAACCACGAAGAACUGAUCCAAGUUGGACAGAAGGCAGCAAAUGCAUUGAAAGCAAAGCAUGGAACCAAUUAUAGAGUUGGAUCUAGUGCAGAUAUUUUAUAUGCCACUUCAGGGUCUUCAUGAGACUGGGCUUGGGACAUUGGGAUCCCCUUCUCAUACGCAUUUGAGCUGAGGGACAAUGGUACAUAUGGGUUUGUCCUGCCAGAAACUCAGAUUCAGGCCACCUGCGAGGAAACCAUGGAGGCUGUGCUUUCAGUCCUGGAUGAUGUGUAUGAGAAAUACUGGUAUUCAAACGGUGCUGGAAAGGUGACAUCUACUGCUGUGGUGCUGAGCUUGCUGAUGUCCUUCAUCUUUCUUCUGUAG